AUGCAGAGGCCGGAUCGUCCGCGCGCCGCCCGGCCGCAGUUGCCGCCGGAGGCGGAGCACCUACGACCGCCGCCGUGGGCGAUGCAGUGGUCGGUUCGGCCCUCGGCACUCUUCGUGCACCCGAGGUGCUGGCAACGCCGCCCGCCACCGUGGGCCUUGCAAAAAGCGGUCCGGCCCUCAGCGCCUUUCCGGCAGCCGUCCCGCUGGCACCGCCGCCCGCCACCGUGGCCGAUGCAGAGGGCCGACGCGCCCCGAGCCCCGCGCGUGCAUCCCUCGUGUCGGCAUGUUUUUGCUCGGGACUUGCGUUUGGUCACUGAUUUCGAAUGGGAUGGAGUCGAGCCUUCGUCCUCGGAUGGGUUCUUAUCGGGUAUGGUGGUUGCAUCGGAUUCUGCGUUGGCGGUGGACAAGCUUAACUCGAGGUCUAUAUCUGGUUUCCUUUUGUUGGUCGCAUUCAAAUUCCCAAUCGGGAACUUUGGAUCGGACAGCCUCUUCUCUCCAGCAUUGAAGUUGAUGCUUAAAUUGAGGUCGAUCGAGGAAUCCUCUUCAUUUUCCUUCCCCAAGCACAUGGUCGUGCAGGAACUGGAUGAGAGGCCCAGACCCAGACCAAGAACCAGAGAAGAUCCAUCGUUGUUGAAAGGCGGAUUGCGGGUGAUACACAUUCUCUUGUUGGGGCAAAAAGGGAUCGGCACGCCACGCGAAUCAAAUUCUAAAGGGGUAACAGUUGGGAAAUCGAGUUUGGCCCAAUCUUCGGGCAUGUGGGCCAUAGUAAUGGUGUAG